AUGCUUGACGACAUGUUGGUUGCCUUCUGUUGGUUCGAGUGCAGGCAGAUGCGAAGGUCAACGGCAUAUGCCACCUGGAGAGGACAUGCGUGCUCAUGUGCAAACAAGUUUCUGCUCCACUGUGUCAAAAUGCCGCCACACGUAGAAGGGACGCUAACUGCGGACUCGCUUCGGAAGACGCAACAAUUGUGGAAGACUUGGGAAAGAGCGGCCGAGAAGGAAGGAUCGAGACACACCGUCUACUGGGUGAAUGGAGCGCAGUACGUCGGAGAAUGGGGAGGCAACAAACGCGAUGGAAAAGGUACACACUUCUAUAGGAACGGCGACAAAUAUGAAGGAGACUGGAAAAAUGGGAUGCGCGAAGGGUUGGGGACUCUCUGGAUAUUCCACGACGGAAAGUACAGGCUCCGGUACAACGGAAGCUGGGAGGCCAAUGUGCCGAUGAGAGGUCUUUUUUAA